AUGAGUUCUCCAGGUCUACAGACUCAAACGAUAAUCACCACAGACCUCCUAGUAGUUGCCAUCGUUUUACCUAUCUUGAGUACAGUCGCCGUCCUGCUUCGACUCUGGUCGAAUCUCGCCAAGCUCAAGCGCCUCUUUCUUGACGAUUAUGUCAUCAUUCUGGCCCAACUCUGUGUCUGGGGGAUGUCCAUUAAUGUCUACGUGGGCGCGACACUAGGGGGAGUUAAUCAGAUCAAAGGCACCGCUCUCUCAGCCGCCACCGUCUCCCUUCGGACACUAUACAUUCAAGGCAUUCUACUGACCGCUAGCUUGACUGUGAUCACCGUGUGGGUCUAUAUUGGGGGUUUGCUCGCAUGGGGGGUUGCCAUCAUCAUAGUCCGACUACUAUGCACAAACCCCAUCAGUCAAAUUUGGGACCCAAAAUCUGUGACACCCCUUCGCUAUGACGUUGGCAAGUUCUCUAUAGCAUUCGCCGCAAUGAGUCUAUUCUUCGACUUGCUAGUGCUCUGUAUUCCCAUUCCUCUUAUUCACCACUUGCAGAUGUCUACCCGCAAAAAGCUUAAAGUGUUAGGUAUUUUUUGGCUGGGAAUUUUCUGCUGUUUCUCGUCUGCUAUUCGCCUCUACUACAUUCCAGGCCUCUCCCAACUUAAAUGGUCGCCCGCCUUCAUAUGGGCCUUAAUUGAGCCAAAUGCAAGCGUCAUUGCCGCCUGUCUGCCUAUUUUUGGGCACCUGCUUGGCGAAGGCUGGAGAAUUAGCACCUUCGUCCAGAACUUCUGGGCCCGUCUUCGCAAGCGCCAUAUAGGCUCUGGCAAAAUUGGUGCAUCAUCCAAUGGAAUAUCAAGUACGGCCGAAAGCAACGCCAAUCCUCCAUUUGCUGAAGCGCAAUCCGAUAAUCGGCACCAGUUGCAGGGAUUUGAGAUCAACAAAACUACCAGUGUCGAUGUAGAGCUGGGCGAUCACGCCUACGACGACGCGUAUCCCUUGGUAGCGUACCCGCAACAACCUUCGCUGCAGAUGAAAAUCCAUGUUGCAAGCUGUUUCCGAUAG